GGCGCGGCGUGUCUGGGGACAUCUUGUGAUGUUGGCGAGAACAGGACAUGAUCUCACAUGGCGAGAAGCUCUUUAGUUCCUUAAUCAUUUCACGGUGCCUUCGGACGCUUUUUUUCCACCUAAAACGUUUAGUUUCAGCUCAGUGAUCAGCUACCCCAGCUCGGCGGGGGAGCGGAAGGCUUGAAUUAUUCCGACUUGUGAGCGGCCCCAGCACAAAAAAAAAAAAAAAAAAAAAAAAAGGAAGGGCACAAAAAAGUGGAAACUUUUCCCCCCUGUCCAUUUCAUCAAGUCCUGAAAUAUCAAAAUGGAUUUAGAGAAAAAUUACCCGACUCCUCGGACCAUCAGGACAGGACAUGGAGGAGUGAAUCAGCUUGGGGGGGUUUUUGUGAAUGGACGGCCACUCCCAGAUGUAGUCCGCCAAAGGAUAGUGGAACUUGCCCAUCAAGGUGUCAGGCCUUGCGACAUCUCCAGGCAGCUUCGGGUCAGCCAUGGUUGUGUCAGCAAAAUUCUUGGCAGGUAUUAUGAAACAGGAAGCAUCAAGCCGGGGGUGAUUGGUGGAUCCAAACCAAAGGUUGCCACUCCCAAAGUGGUGGAAAAAAUCGCUGAGUAUAAACGCCAAAAUCCUACCAUGUUUGCCUGGGAGAUCAGGGACCGGCUGCUGGCAGAGCGAGUCUGUGACAAUGACACAGUGCCCAGCGUCAGCUCCAUCAACAGGAUCAUCCGGACAAAAGUACAGCAGCCCCCCAACCAGGCAGUCCCAGCUUCCAGUCACAGCAUAGUGUCAACAGGCUCAGUGACGCAGGUGUCAUCGGUGAGCACCGACUCUGCAGGCUCCUCAUACUCCAUCAGUGGCAUCUUGGGCAUCACGUCCCCCAGUGCCGACACCAACAAGCGCAAGAGGGAUGAAGGUAUCCAGGAGUCUCCAGUGCCAAACGGCCACUCACUUCCAGGCAGAGACUUCCUCCGGAAGCAGAUGCGGGGAGAUCUGUUCACACAGCAGCAGCUGGAGGUGCUGGACCGCGUGUUCGAGAGGCAGCACUAUUCAGACAUCUUCACCACCACGGAGCCCAUCAAGCCGGAGCAGACCACAGAGUAUUCAGCCAUGGCCUCGCUGGCUGGAGGCCUGGACGACAUGAAAGCUAACUUGACAAGCCCCACCCCUGCUGACAUCGGAAGCAGCGUGCCAGGCCCGCAGUCCUAUCCCAUUGUUACAGGCCGCGACUUGGCAAGCACGACUCUCCCUGGGUACCCUCCACACGUCCCCCCCGCUGGACAGGGCAGCUACUCUGCACCGACGCUGACAGGGAUGGUGCCGGGGAGUGAAUUUUCUGGGAGUCCCUACAGCCACCCUCAGUAUUCUUCCUACAAUGAUUCGUGGAGGUUCCCCAACCCAGGACUGCUUGGAUCCCCAUACUAUUACAGCGCCGCAGCCCGAGGAGCUGCGCCACCUGCCGCAGCCACCGCCUACGACCGCCACUGACCCUCAGAGCCAUGUGCACCAACUCUCACCAUGCAUAUCAUUGAGGUAGACAGCUUCCCAAUUCCCAAGACAGACAGAGGGACCCAACAAAUCCGUCUCCCACCCCAUCCCACACACACUUGGAGCACCCUCCCUCCAUUUUCUCCUGCCCCGGAUCCAGGUAGGGCUGUUGGACUUCUGGGUUCUCAUCCAUUUCAAGAGUCAAUCUUGACGAGCUUCUCCCAGGGGUGACAGGCUUCUCUGCUCUUCUGAAGACCGUUGCGGCCAAGCCCAGCCUGCCAGUCCUCCUGACCGUCUGCCAGUCUUGGAAAGGCCAGCUGGCUUCACAGCACCCAUGUAAAUACCUUCUUGCUUCUCUGUGGACCUAAGGGUCUAACAGAGCAGAUUACCCACAAUGCAUCACAGGAUAUCUUCCAGCUCUGCACAGAACACCCCCCUCUGCCCUGGGGCUCUGUCAGUGCUCCAACUCAAAGCUGUGUUUGAAACUGACAGCAGCCACCUGGAGGAUGCCUGGCCACGAGCUCACUCCACUUCUCUGAUAUCUACAAGGCUCACUGGCAGUCAUGACGUAAGCUUCCCGAGGUUCCUCCCAAGAGAAAUACACCUCGGGGAGACGCCCUGGCCUCUUACCUUCAUUUCCACAGAGUCACCACAGCGUCAAUAGUCGUUUUCUUAAUCCAGGGACUCCAAGAGAACUGUCUGGGACAGCUGCUCUCCUAAAGUAAGAGGUCGUCCAAGUGUGGAUGGCAUUGUGACUCUGGAUGGCUCUCUGGAUCAAAAGAUCACUGGACCCAGACUAGGGACACGCCUGAGGCUUUCCUGGUCCUUCUGGCCCCUGGAACCAAACUGAACGUGUUUUCCAAGGCAUGCCCAAGUUCAAGUCACUGUGGACAUCAGCCAUGGGCACUUCACAGCUGUCCUUUGGGACCCCAACAACUGGAUUCUGGGCAAGCCUGUCCCAGCCACAGGGACAGUGGCUAACAGAAAGGACUGAUGUCUGCACUGAGGACCAGCACAUUCUGCGGGCAUCAGCCAGGACCUGGGCUUCCUCGCAAGCAGCCCUGCCACCCUUGGGAAGCACAAAGUGUGGCUGGGCACGGAGGUGGUGGGGGUGUGGCAGGUCAGCCUGUCUGUAAAAGGUGUCAAGAUGGAACUUGCUGUGAGAAAGGUGGAGGAAUAUGUGGGAGACAGAGGAAGGGCUGGGGAGGGCCGGGACAAGCAAUGAGGAACCAGCCGGGGGUGUGUAAUUUGAGGGUGGGCUUGAGUCUGGGGUUCCCAGUGACACAAUUCAUUCAUCUGGGACCUCUGUUCUUCACACGGUCCCUCUUGCAGAGAAGAACCCCUGUCUCAACUGAGGACAGCAAGCAGUCAUUUCCCUGACAGUGUCCCUAGGGUCUGCUGUCUAGUGGAACCUCAGACCUUUUACCUCUCUGAGCUUCUGCUGGGUUGACAGCUGGCCGAUCUCACUAUUUUUCCUUCUCUCCCUUCCUCCCUUCCUCCCAGGGAGCUGAGGUGAUGGCAGUGUCACCUGGGUCAGGCCCUCACUUUUGAGCAAGCAUAUGGGAUCUUGCUAAUGAUCCAAUCAAGUGUGAAACAAGAAUGGGAACCACAGAGUCUCAAAAAGAUCUAGUUUAGUUCUGAGAGGAAACUGGGGCCCAGUUUAGGGAAGCCCAGGAUCAGACAGGGAGACCAAACAGAACCCCAUCCCCUGCAACCCCGCAUUGUUUUGUGCCUCAAUACCUCCCACAGGGUAGUAAGACAAAAGAAGAAAUUGAGGCUCAGUAAAGUGGAGUCCCAGCAGAGGCAGGGCUGGGACCUGGGCCCCUUCUGACACAUGGUGGUGGCUGUCACUUCCAUCUACCUGGAAGAGAAGGUGGCAGUGAAGAUGGCAGGGGGUACCAUUGUCCCAGUACUCCAGACCAGGCUUCCGGACUGGGAGAACUGCCAAGGAUCCCUGUCCCCAAGCUAAACGCAAGGCACGUGAGCUUGGAGCAGGCUUAGCACCUGGGGAACUUGCUAGCGGAGGAAGGUAGCUGGGGCCUCAGCCCACCCCCAGGAGACGAGCGACCUGCAUUCAGCCUUCCUUUGUCAGCUAAGGUAGGAGGAGGCUCCAUCCUCACUCCUUCUCUGUCCCUGCUACUGCUCUGUUAUAGUGAUGCUCACCCUGUGCUCCUCCCAGUUCCAAACUGCUGGAGGGCACAACCUCCCUGUACUGCCUUCAGUGCACACACCUCCCUUCCUCAGCAAGCCCACCCCGCCCCACGGUGGCUCCUUCCCCGCCAUCUGAUCUUGCCCACACAAGGAACUCCAUCUGUAUGUCUCUUCUCUCCGAGGAAAGCACUCGAGGUGCUGCUGGACCUCAGACUGAAGUCUGUAUUUAUUAGACAACCCCGUGGUUCCUGGGAGAGAAGCCAGGCAGAAGCACAAGGGCACAGAGGUACAGGACUGCUCAUGCACACAUUGCUCUCGCCAGCUCCAGAGAUGCAAAUGCAUUGUGGGUGUCCUCACGUUUGCAUACCUGCUCUCUCCAGCUAGCACACCCUCACACUGCAGAUGCACAAGCCAGAGAACUCAACACGGAGUCUGGGGUUUCACCAGCACCGUGGCAGAAGGCGGGGCUAUUCCUCCAAGGACCUUCGGUCCUGUUUGAACUUUGUGAAAAAUGACAUUUUCACACCACUUGUCUAGCUCCAGCCGGAGAACUUGUGAUGCUAUAACAAACCCACUGUCCCCUUGCUAAGUCACCAGCUUAGAGACUGUCUUCAUAAACGACACUGCACAGUGCUUUGUAGUGCUCCACUACCCCACGAGGCCAAGAUCCUGACACUCGAGGCUCACUGUGAAGAUAAGGAUGAAGUGAAUCCUCUGGUCUCUGAACCACAUUCUUUGCCCACAGAGUUGAGAUCCCAUCACGAAGUGUAUGGCUUGAAGACUCCCACCCCUGAGGCCUCCAGAAAUCCCCAGAUCUACAACACGGAAAGAAAGAACAGAGCCCAAAAGUUGGUCUAGUAAAAGGAAGGGUCUGGGGACUGGUGGCCUUAAGGGUCCCAUCAACACUGACACUUUCAGUCUUUACCUAAACUCCCACAAACACCUCUGAGUUUUCCCAUGAAGCCUUUCCUUGCUGUACCCUGAGGCUCCAAGGACAAUGUGUCCAAGCCUGUGCCACAGUCCCUGGCAGGGUCUAAAUAUGAAUGUCCCAUGAGCCAUCCCCUUUCUUUCUCUAUUCUCUGCCCUUUCUACUUUGGAACAAACUGUGACAACAUACAAGGAUGCCUGGUUUAGAACCUGCCCUCUCUAGAUUGCAAUACUUGAGGCCGGUCAGGUAGUUCGAAACCACCCUCUGGGCGGGGAACAAAGCAGCAGGGUACAGUACAUCCCCGGGUGUCUAGAGCAUGAUUGGCCCAUGGGUUGGCAUCUCAAUAGUGAAAACUUUAAAAACACUCUAUUGGCCAAAAGAAAAAGAUGCCUAUGGGCUGAAUCGGGCCAGUCAGCCACCAACUUGUGAACCAGUCUUGUGGAAAGCCCUUCUGUUCUCUCCUUGUUCUUUCAAGAACACUUGGGGAAGAUGGGAGGGAGAAACAGUUUCUAGAACUUUGGAAGCGGCGGUGGGUUUGAGGGAGCUUCUGGUUUUCUAUGUGUAGAGCCCCAGAUGUGGCCACAGGGCGUUGAGGAGUGAAAAUCCUCUUACAAGCAGUCAAACUUCAGAGUGACUGACGUGCCUUUGGCAGCCUUAGCUCCAUCCACCCCUUUGUAGGUGACAUUUCAGCUAGAAUUUAACAACAAGCCAUGGGUAGCAAAUCUUAAAAACAAACUGAGCACUCCCAAGCAUACACUAGGAACAAGUGGCAUUGGAAUCGCGGUCUCCCGGGAGACCCCUGCACAGGCCAGGCCAGGCUAGAGCAGGUUGACCCCAUAAGUCUCGGAGUUAGACCAGCUCCCUGGUGGCCCUGGCCUUGUCACCCAUCUGGAGUCUGCCUGUGAUAGUUUUCAGGCACAUGGUGGUGCACCUGGGUAAAUUUAUUCCUUUAUCGCUUUAACCUCCAAGAGGUCCAAGGCAUGUGCAUUUCUUAAAAGGAAACAAAACACAUGAUUGCAGACUUGGACAGUCAGGCCACGACAUCUUGCCUUCCAUCUGCCCUACCUCCCAGUGGCCCCUUCAGCUCCUUGGCCCUUGUUGUCCCUGGACCUCAAGAUUCCCUUUUGCAUAUUCAUGAGGGAGCCACAGAGUUGAUCUACACUUUCUUGCUGUCAGCUAAAGGCUGUUCCUGCAGUGGCAGCCGGGUCCCCAAGGGCCAGCUGCAGAACACUUAGUGAGUCCCUUGCACAGGUGCUGUUUGGAUACAGAUGCAGCGAAGGUAGAGUGAGCUGCACGCUGGGAACAGCAGGCAUCCAUCUUUCUUUUUGUCUUUGGUACUGAGGCCCAGUUCCUGGCCCCUUCUAGGACCAAUGGGGUACUCAUAUCUGAUCACUGCCAUUCAUGGGUGUCACCUCCAGAUGAGGUUGAACGCAGCCACCCUUUAGUACCUCUAGAUUCUUCUGCCUACACCUUAGUCUCCUGAGUAGCAAGCACCAAGCUGCUGUUCCUGUCCUCAUUGUGGGCAUGGCAUGGCAUGCUGGUGAGCUCUCGGUUGGGACCAGGCUCAGCCUGGACAACUUUGGUUAGAGGGCAGAGAGGGGAGCAAGGGAAACUAGCAAAAGGUUAGAGACUUAGCAGUUGUGUCUCUUGCUGUCUCUAAGACCUGACUUCAGGAGACCAGCCUGUAGUCUCACUUGCCCCGACCUGGUUCACUCGCUUGCUAAAUUGCACAUGGGGGUGUAGUCCCCCAAACCACCAUGCAGAUGGCACAUCCUUCGUCCUCUCAUCUUGAGAACAUGUAACGAUGGGUUUUUGAUUGACAAGUGGCGCAUUUCACUUAGAGUGGAACAGAAAGGAAACUAUUUAAUGGCCCCCCUUGUUUUCAAGCAUGAGACAUUUUAACGAAACUAUUUCGUUGGAUUUGAGAGAAUGGAGAGUUGGACAUUCCAACCGAUCAGUAGCCAAUUAACUGCUAAAAAUUAAAAAGAAAAUAAAUCCCAAAUCUAUUUUAAACAUCAUGCAAAACUCAGAGCCUCGUUGUCAGGCCUUCUUCUCCAUGCCGUGUGCUCAAGUGCAUGGACACAGGGGAGUUUACACACAUAUACACGCACAAGCACACACACACAUACAUGUACACAGUCUCAAUACACAGUCACUCACACACACAAGUCACUCACACAGUCGUCAGUCAUACGCACAUACACACAGACCUUUCUCUAACACACACACACACACACACACACACACACACACACCCUCUCUCUAAUACUAGGACAUGAAACUCAGAAGAGCUGCUGUGUCUCCCGAUGCCAGUUCUUGCUGGCUCUGCUUGCCUUUGGUCACAGAAGGUGAGUGGAUCCAGCAGCAGUCUGUCCGUGGGGCUCAGAGAGGGACAGAGCUGGCCCCAGGCCCAAGCCACCAGCACAAUGUAGGUAAUGGGCAUGAGGACCUGUUGUGGCCAGCAUGCUACUUCUCUGCCUGGUUACAGGGCCGCCCCCACACUCCUGCUGGACGAUGUUGCCCUGGUUUGCCACCCUCUAGUGGCCUCUGGACAUUGAGUAUUUGUGGGGAUGUAGAUGACAUUCCGAUAGAACUCUGCCAGGAAGACAAGUGAGUUUUGCUUCUCAUUCUUUUAGAUGGUUAACACUGUCCUAGGGACUGGCCCAGCAUCAAAGAAAUGCAUAUCUGCUGUAUCCGCCAAAGUUUGUGAUGCCUGCAUAGACGCUUGUUAAAAAAACAUACAAAAAAAAAAAACGACAAAAAAAUAAAUACAACCACACAAUUGAAUUGCCUUUGAAAGUGGGAGAUGAUCUGUCUCCAACAGAUUGAGAAACAAAAAGCUUCUUAAAAGUGUGUAUGUUUUAUAUUCUUUUUUUCUAGUAGAACUGACUUGAAAUAUUGGUGGUUUUUUUUCUUAGUGAUGUGUGUUGCUUUUGUGUGUGAUAAUAUUUGAAUGUAAUUACAGCAGUGCCAAUUUGCCAAAGAUGUUGGACAUAUUUUUCUUUUGU